AUGGCUGCCGCUGCCAGGUCGCUCCUCCGCUCCUCCGUUUACAUUCUCCACGCUACUCCAGCGACACCGUCAUCCCUCAGCCUAGGUGUGCGUCCUUCCGUCCGCCACGCGUUGGCUGCGCCCCUUCGCAUCGUAAGGUUGCCCGUGGAGGCGAGCGUCUGCCUCGAGUCGCUGCUGCCGCUGCACAGCGCCACCGGCGCCGCGAGGAUCAAGUCCAAGCUCGACGCCGGGCCCGGCCAGGGCCUCGGCUGGCUCAUUGAAGAUAAUUGA